AUGAUAGCAAGGCGCCUCGUCGCACCGCCCGCCGGCGGCUCAUUCUCUGUUUUCGUUUCCACAUGCUCGCAGUGCUUACGCCUUGACCGCUCGUUCGCUCGUCCGCCGGCUCGAAAGGUGGUCGUCAUCGUUGCUCCUCCACGCUGCUUCUCCCACGUCGGCCGGCGACUGUCCAAGGACCCGUACGAUGACCUCCGAAAUGCGCGGCCGCUGGUUCCGCACGCCCUAUCCCGCCGCUUCGCCGACGCCGGCACCUCACGCGCCUCGCAGGCCUUUGUCGUCGGCUGCGUCGUCGCCGCCGUUACCUUCUACCUCUACAACUCGCAGACGGUGCCCAUCACGGGCCGGCGGCGCUUCAACUUCCUGUCGGAUGCCUUUGUCGCCCAGACGAACCGGGGUGCCGCCGAGGCCGUGAUACAGCAAGUGCACCAGCAGGGUGGCCAUUUCCUCUCGGACUGGGAUCCGCGCACGAUGCUGGUGAAGAGAGUGAUGCGUCGGCUCAUUCCCGUGAGCGGCAUCGCCGACCUUGACUGGGAGAUUCGCGUCAUCGCCGAUAACCGAACGGCCAACGCCUUUGUCCUCCCCGGCGGCAAGGUCUUUGUCCACAGCGGCAUCCUCAACGUCUGCCGGAACGAGGAUGCGUUGGCCGCCGUCCUCGGACACGAAAUCGCGCACAACACGGCAUCGCACGCCGCCGAACGGCUCUCGGCCGCCUGGGUGGGAAACCUGACGGCCGGCAGCUUGUUCUUCCUCGCCGGCGCCCUACCCGGCCUCAUGCUCUUCGGCUUGUGGAGCUUCGUCGGAGGCUUCUACUUGCAGGACCUGCUGUUCUACCUGCCUAUGGGACGGAAGCAGGAGAGCGAGGCGGACUACAUUGGUCUCAUGAUGAUGGCCGAGGCCUGCUACGACCCGCGCGCCGCCGUCGGCUUCUGGCAGCGGAUGGAAGCCCUGCAGCAGGCGGGUGGGCACGAGGCGCCCGAGAUUCUGAGCACACAUCCCUCGAACGAGAGCAGGAUCGGCAACAUUGUCGAAUGGCUGCCGGAUGCCAUGAAGAAGCGGACAGAAAGCGACUGCAACGGCACGUCGGCCUUUGCUGAUCGAUUCAGGAUCGCCUUGCGCAGGCGAAGACCCAUCGAGACUGUGGUUAUGUGA